AUGCAAAUCUCGCAUGUGCUCCUAAACCAACCCGACGAACAAACGUCGACUCGUCUCUCGCGCUCGGAGCUGCAAAAGACCGUCUCCAGUGGCUGGGAAGUCUUCGAAACUCCCGAGGGCAGUUACCUCUUCUGUUAUGACCCCGAAGAUGUUGAGCAUGUAUCCGAUGCAGGGCAUAGCUACCCGGGCUCAGACUAUGAAGAUGAAGACGAUGACGAGUUUCGGACAACUUGGACCCAUCCGGACCCCAAAAUGGAUCCUUCAUUAUACGUCCUUGAACCGGACAGUGAGAUCUGGGCCCGCGAACCAGCUUUUGACUGCCUCUCCUACGUUUGGGGGCCCCAAGACGAUCCCGAGCCGGCCUUUGUGGAAGCCGUCAGUGGAGGAACUAUUGGUUCGUUCAAGUUAGGUCAGAAUCUUGCCUCAGCGCUCCAUCAUCUCAGAUAUGAGGACAAGUCGCGAACCCUGUGGGUGGACGUCAUUUGUAUCAACCAAAUAGAUCCCGAUGAAAAAGCCGUGGCCGUAAAAUGCCUCUCCAAGAUGUAUAGUUUGACCACCCGCGUCGUCGUUUGGCUCGGACCUGAGGAAAACGACAGUACUGUUGCAAUUUCGCUAUUGGCCCAUGUGGGCGCUCAGGUUGAGACCACUCUUGAUGGCUUCCGACUGACAUCGCCUGGUGCCGAUGAACCAACGUGGUACGACAUCGACAUCAAUCUCCCAUUUACCAAUGAAGAGUGGGAGGCAAUGGAAGACCUUGUGAGCCGGCCUUGGUUCACAAGAGUCUGGACAGUGCAAGAAAUCGUGCUGGCCAACCGCCUGACCAUACUCCACGCUGGUAGUGCCGUCAUCUCGUGGGCUCUUUUCCGUCGCGCAGUUGAGUGCAUUUUGGAUAAGAAAUCGAUUCACAAGGGUCGGGAUUCUCUGGGAAUAGCGAGGACUUCCAUUAUGAACGGAAUUGAGAGACCGCUAGCUCAAGUACUGAUGCGACACGGUGACCGAGCAUGCCUCAAUCCUCAUGACAAGGUAUAUGGCAUGCUGGCAAUGACACCUCCUAAAUUUCUGGCCGCAAUUGAACCCAGCUACGAACAAUCGGUUUCAGAUACGUACAAAGACGCAUUUCUCAUCAACAUAAAUAUCAUCCGCCGAUGGGAGCUAUUCGGCUGCACUCCCAACCAAAGGACCAUCCAAGCUCCGUCCUGGGUUCCCGAUAUAUACCCAGUGUUUCCAUACAACAAGCUCAUGGUCAAGGGGAUUCGUUUCGAUACCAUUCAGUCGGUUGGGGACUGUGCUCCCCCGAGUGGGUUAGGAGCGCUGAGAACUAUCCGGUCCUGGGAACCAGACGACCUCUUCAGCGCUUCCUACUGUGGUGGGGGGUCUUUUUUUGAUGCGUACGCCAUCACCUUGUUCCAAUACUGCAUUCGCGAGCGACAUCCAAUCGAAGAGGGCUGGCCUACCUUGGCGGAACUGAAGAGAUAUCUCCGAAACAAGAUCUUUUCGACUGCUACUCAACCAAAGAAGGCGUUGAAUUUCGGAGAUUAUCUAGAUCACAUUCUGUUUAAACGAUGCGAAGGACGCUCGCUCUUCAAGACUGCGGGAGGAAGUAUCGGUCUCGGCCCACCUACAUGCCAGCGAGGCGAUGUGGUUUGCGUGAUACUUGGCUGUGAUCGGCCGUUAAUCAUUCGUCCCGCCUCAGAUGGAACCCACCAUUUCCUAAGUCACAGCUUCGUCUACGAUCUACAAGACUCCCAGGCCUUCCUCGGACCUCUUCCGCCCCCGUGGCGCGUACAAGUGCACGCAAACAGGGACCAGGAGUUUCGAAGUUCCAAUCAAUACUACAACGCAGACACCUACAAGCUGACGCCUGAGGAUCCCAGGCUAGAGCCGCUCCCCGACUGGGAGAGGAUUCCACUUGACGACCUCGGGCGAGGUUUGAAUGGAGAUGACCCUGAGGUUAUAGACUUCUUCAAGAACACAAACGAUGGGCGAAUCUUGAAUUCUGACCCACGAUUUUCGCCGGAGGCUUUGGUAGAAAGGGGAUUGGAGCUGGAGACGUUUGUUCUGUCAUGA